GAACUGAAAAAGGGAAACUUUAGACUGUCCUUUAAACUGUAAAAUUAUAACAAACACCCUGGUCAAAUAUUUUUUUUAAAAAGUUGACUACUAGGCAGAUCUCUACAGAUUUAAAGAAAGUCAGAUGUCAGCAAACAAUUCCUCUCCUCCAUCCUUACAGAAGUUUUCUCCUCCUGCACCUCAUGCUGCUGCACCACCAACCCCUUCUCUGUCUUCAAGUCCCCAGUCGGGACUCUCCAACCGGCUGUCCAAUGGCAGCCUCAGUACACAGAGUCUCACCAACUCCAGGGGCUCUGUGCAUGGGGUCUCAUUCCUGCUGCAGAUCGGUCUCACUCGGGAGACUGUCACCAUUGAAGCUCAGGACUUGUCCCUCUCAUCUGUCAAAGACCUAGUCUGUUCUAUAGUUUACCAGAAGUUCCCAGAGUGUGGUUUCUUUGGCAUGUAUGACAAAAUUCUCCUCUUUCGCCAUGACCUGAACUCGGAAAAUAUUUUGCAGAGGAUUACAUCAGCAGAAGAGAUACAUGAAGGAGAUCUUGUUGAGGUUGUGCUCUCUGCUUUGGCUACAGUUGAAGAUUUCCAGAUUCGUCCUCAUGCACUUUAUGUGCAUUCUUACAAGGCCCCUACAUUUUGUGACUAUUGUGGGGAGAUGCUUUGGGGUUUGGUACGACAAGGAUUAAAAUGUGAAGGCUGUGGAUUAAACUACCAUAAGCGAUGUGCCUUCAAGAUCCCAAAUAACUGUAGUGGAGUGAGAAAGAGGCGUUUGUCUAAUGUGUCUUUACCAAGUGCUGGGCUUUCAAUUCCCAGACCAGUGCAAACUGAAUACACAGCCACUGCCACUGAAGAGCGCCUCUUGAAAAAAAUUGUUUCUAAGCCUGACAUGUUCUUAUUAGAAUCUUAUGUGCCUCCUCUAUUCCAGCGCUGCCACCCAGAGCCCAGCAAGAGAAUUCCCUCCUGGAGUGGGCGUCCAAUCUGGAUGGAAAAGAUGGUGCUUUGCAGGGUGAAGGUUCCUCACACCUUUGCUGUCCAUUCCUAUACUCGUCCCACCAUAUGCCAGUAUUGCAAACGUUUGCUCAAGGGCCUUUUUCGCCAAGGAAUGCAGUGUAAAGAUUGCAGAUUUAACUGUCACAAACGUUGUGCAUCUAAAGUACCUAGAGACUGUCUUGGAGAGGUGGUUUUCAAUGGAGAACCUUCUAGUCCAGGCCAAGAUUUGGACAUGCCAAUGGAAGUUGACAGCAAUGAAAUAAACAGUGAUGGUAGUCGGGGUUUGGAUGAUGUAGAAGAACCUUCUCCUCCAGAGGACAAAAUGUUCUUUAUGGACCCUUCUGAUCUUGAUGUGGACAAAGAUGAAGAAGCUGUCAAAACUAUCAGUCCAUCAACAAGCAAUAAUAUUCCACUAAUGAGGGUUGUACAGUCAAUCAAGCACACAAAGAGGAAGAGCAGUACAAUGGUGAAGGAAGGAUGGAUGGUUCACUAUACCAGCAGAGACAACCUGAGAAAGAGACAUUACUGGAGACUGGAUAGUAAAUGUCUUACGCUAUUUCAAAAUGAAUCCGGAACAAAAUAUUACAAGGAGAUUCCACUUUCAGAAAUUCUCCAGGUGAAUCAGCCUCGAGAUUUCUCAAACAUGGUGCAGGGCAGCAACCCACACUGUUUUGAGAUCAUCACUGACACCAUGGUGUACUUUGUUGGCGAAAAUAAUGGCAACAGCCAUCACAAUCCUGUUCUUGCUGCCACUGGAGUUGGAUCUGACGUAGCUCAAAGCUGGGAGAAAGCCAUCCGUCAGGCUUUGAUGCCAGUCACUCCUCAAGCUAGCGUGUGCACUGCAACAGGACAAGGAAAAGAUCACAAGGAGUUAUCUCUCAGCAUCUCUGUUUCAAAUUGCCAGAUCCAGGAGAAUGUGGAUAUCAGCUCUGUGUAUCAGAUCUUUGCUGAUGAGGUCCUAGGUUCCGGUCAGUUUGGCAUUGUAUAUGGAGGAAAACAUAGGAAGACUGGAAGGGAUGUGGCUAUUAAAGUCAUUGAUAAGAUGAGAUUCCCCACAAAACAGGAAAGUCAGCUUCGCAAUGAAGUUGCCAUUCUGCAGAAUUUGCACCACCCUGGGAUUGUAAACCUGGAAUGUAUGUUUGAAACCCCAGAACGGGUGUUUGUUGUGAUGGAAAAGUUGCAUGGAGAUAUGCUGGAGAUGAUUCUUUCUAGUGAGAAAAGUCGGCUGCCAGAACGAAUCACUAAGUUCAUGGUCACCCAGAUACUUGUUGCUUUGAGAAAUUUACACUUCAAGAAUAUUGUGCACUGUGAUUUAAAACCAGAAAAUGUACUACUAGCAUCAGCAGAACCAUUCCCUCAGGUGAAGCUGUGUGACUUUGGUUUUGCGCGCAUCAUAGGCGAAAAGUCUUUCAGGCGCUCUGUGGUUGGAACCCCUGCUUAUCUUGCUCCUGAGGUGCUCCGGAGUAAAGGUUACAAUCGCUCUCUGGAUAUGUGGUCAGUGGGAGUAAUUGUCUAUGUGAGCCUUAGUGGUACAUUCCCAUUUAAUGAGGAUGAAGAUAUAAAUGACCAAAUCCAAAAUGCAGCAUUUAUGUAUCCACCAAACCCCUGGAAGGAAAUUUCUAGUGAAGCCAUUGAUUUAAUAAACAAUUUGCUUCAAGUGAAGAUGAGAAAGCGUUACAGUGUUGACAAAUCUCUUAGUCAUCCCUGGCUCCAGGAUUAUCAGACUUGGCUUGACCUUAGAGAGUUUGAAACUCGCAUUGGAGAGCGUUACAUUACCCAUGAGAGUGAUGAUGCUCGCUGGGAAGAACAUGCUUAUGAACACAACCUUGUGUACCCCAAACAUUUCAUUAUGGCCCCGAAUCCAGAUGAUAUGGAAGAAGACCCUUAA